AUUGAGCGUCUGGAAAGAUUAAACUUCCACACCACGUAUUAUCACUCACUCAUUAGCAACAGCGGCGUCAAACUACUGCUCGCAGAACGAAAUGACAUCCUCUGAGAUCGUCAGCGACCCACAAUUGACUGCUGUCCUUGCUGCUGCUGCUCAAGCACGGCAGCAGUGCGAGAAAAUCCUCGCUCUAAUCGCCGAAUCCAAGGACGAUGAUGGCGAGCUUGACACAGAACGGAAGAAACUGUACAGUGAUCUGGCUAUCGUGCGCGGUCUAAACAGGAAAGCGAUCCUGGAUGUGAGGAGAACGAAGCAAGAGACAGCAGAUGCAAGACACGAGGUAGAUACGCUGCACUUGCAACUGCAGAAUCUGUAUUACGAGCAGAGGCAUCUGAAUGGUGAAAUUGCUUCGUGCGAAAAUUACGACCACUCAUACAAGAAACUACCGCUCCUGCCUACGGAGGUCUAUUUAUCUCAGCAUCCAGAGCAUGCCUCGCUUGACGAGCACGAACUGAUGCUCAAACGUAUCGAACAUGAGCAUGCGGAACGUUUACAGCUCGAGGAGAAGAGGCAAGCAUUGUUGAAGAGGAAGCAGGCCUUGAUAUCAGAGAACAAUCGGAGGAAAGAGCUUCUGGCCAGCCUUGACAAGAAAAUUGAAGAAUGGAUCGAGGGAAGUGAAGGGGUAGAGACAGAAUUCGCGAAAGUGACGGAGGAGAUGACAAGGAUUGGAGGUACAGCGAGUGCCAGCGACGAAGAGAACGUGACGAUCUCGCAGUGAAGACAGCCCUCUUGAAGCCGUGUUUCUUGAGACAGACUAGAUAUCCAGCCUUUUUCAACCUCUCACACCAACCAGUUCAGCAGAUCUGGACGCGGGUGUGAGGUGUUUCCCGCCGCGUCUAAAUAUUGGAGCAUGAAGGCCAGAUGCGAGGCAACAAGUCACGUAGACAGAUAGAUCAUACAUGAGGAAGUUGCUCGCUCGACGAGAUUCUAAACAUGCAAGCAUUGCU